UAGAGAGAAACAGACUUUAGAUUGAUUUGUUGACAUUGGUAUUUUAAAACGUGGUAGGUAUUUUUCCAGCGGUCAUAUCUAACUGAGGUAAAGUCGUGUGUUAUAAAAUUCAUUUAAUUUUGAACAGCGUGAACAGAAAUAUAUAUUGAAAUUGUAAAAAGGAAAGGCACAUUGCAACUGACAAGAUUAGAGGAAUAUUUUAAUUUGAUAGAAAACAGACUUCAAAAAAAGUUUUGAAAAAAAUCCCCCAAAAUGGAGGUUGAUACUUGUGUACAAAAUGAAGAUGUGAAGAUUUCGGAUUGUAACGAGACUGAGAUGGAGGAAUACCAUGACACGGAUAAAAUUGUACCGCCAAAAACAUUGGACGAUUUAAUAAGGGAAUUACAUAAGGUGUUUGCAUCAGACAAAGUGAAUAUAGAAUAUGUGAGCGCAUUAAUGAACAUGUACAAAAGUAAUCCUAAAGAUUGGAAAAAGUUUGCCAAGUUUGAUCCUCAUAGAUAUACCAGAAAUUUGGUUGAUGAGGGCAAUGGAAAGUUCAAUCUGAUGAUAUUAUGUUGGAAUACAGCUCAAGCCAGCUCUAUACAUGACCAUGCUAAUUCUCAUUGCUUCCUGAAGGUCAUUGAGGGACAUCUAAACGAAGAGUUAUUUGAUUGGCCAGAAAAUGAAGAAAUACACCAAAUGGAACCUAUAAAGAAGUCCAGACUAGAUCUGAAUGAAGUAGGAUAUAUGUCUGAUGAGUUAGGUAUACAUCGUAUAGAGAACCCAAGCCAUACAGAUAAUGCUGUGUCUUUACAUCUGUAUUGUCCACCAUUCGACGAGUGCCAAACAUUUGACCAGUAUACAGGUCAUAAGAGAAGUGCUGAAGUCACCUUUUGGAGCAAGUUUGGAAAAAGGACGCCCUUUGGUAAAGAACAAAGUAAAAAGAAGUAAAAUCUUCCAUUGGAGAGCAAGAACUUAUCAUCCAUUGGAGAGCAGAAACUACUUAAAGAAUCUCUACAUCAUUAACAUGCUUGGUAGAUAACUGACCAUUCUCUCUCUCAAAUAAAUAACACGAAAGACAAUAGUCUGACGUAACAUGCACAUGAUGCACUAAUGGGAUAUUAUGAGAAAGUUGUGAUAAAUUAUGAAAAAUGCGUUUUAGUAUUUUCUCCAUUUAUACUGUGGAUUUUUUACUAUUUGUGAGAUACCAAUUUUAUUGGUUAAAGGUGAACCAAGACUUUCAAUAAUGAUAGAAACUUGUAUAAUUUAUUUCUCUCAAAAGGGGGGAGGGGGAAGACCCCCUGAAAAACCAUCUGAAUCAGCCAGCCACUGAGGAUUUAUGCAAACCUUGGUAAAGUCAUGGUAUCAAGUAUCUUCAAAAAAACACUUUUCCGCAAUCCAUAAUUUGAAUAUACCCAUGAGUAAAAAAUGAAUCCACAGUAUAGAUUAUGUGUAUAGAGAUUUAUAUUUUGUUAUUUGAAUAUUCAUUACUGUUAAAUAUUUGCAUUUUUUAAAAACACACUGAAAAUUAAAAUUAUGAAAAAGUGUACCGUAUGUUAUCAAUGACAACUUGUUUUAAAUAUAUAUGCUCACCAAUUAAUGUCCUCAUUUUAAACUGACAUGUUAUAUAUAACGUUCUUUCAUGAAAUGUGAUAUUUCAUUACCAAACUUUUGCUUUGUUAUAAUUAUUUAUUUGGAGGGGGAUUAUUUUUGGAGAUUCUUGCUUUUUUUAUUGGGAAUUUAACGUGCAGUGAUAUAGAAGCUUAAAGAUAUUAUUGAUCACCCUUUUGUCAUUCCAAAAGAAAAUCUGACCACAUUUUUUGUUAUGAUGACACCCAUAUUUUGUUAUGUAUAUAAAAGUGCCAGAUUCUAAAUAUAAGUUGUAUUUUAAUUGACCAACUUUUAAAUAUAAAUUGCAUACAAGCUUGUAAAAAUGUCUCGUAUAUAUGGUUGUGGUAUUAAAAACAGGUCAAGUUAUCUCAGAUAAUGAUAACUGUCAACAUAUAAAAGUCUCUCCUUCUCCCUCCCCCUUUUCAAUUGUUGUUUUCAAAGUUGACUAAUACUUAUGCUAAGACAUUUUCCAUUACAUCAUCUGGUCUUUGGUAGAGGUGGUUGUCUCAUCUUCAAUCAUGCAACUUCUUGUAGUUUUUAAAACAGCCAUCCCUAUCCUUUUAACAUGCCUUUUAUAUAUAUACCCUCACCAGCAAUUGUGGAAAAAUAGUUGUUAAUGUUUGUGUCAUUUUGGUCUUUUGUGGAUUUUUGUCUCAUUGGCAAUCAUACCACACCUUCUUUUUUAUAUUGUGAAGGUCUUGACAGGGUAGGGGUUUUCCAUUUAUUUAUUCUGUAUAUCUUUUACUCUGUUCUUGAUUUACUAUACUAGAUCAUAAUUCAAUAGUUUAGGUCCCCCUUAUUUUCUAUUAUUUAUUAUAUUUGGUCUAUUUUAAUUUUUGGGACUUUUUUUUAAUGUAGUUGGUGCCUAGUAUCCUUAUUUUGUUCCCCCAUCCAUACCCUCACCUGUUGUAUUCUACCAAAUAAAACAUUGUGAACUUCUAUAAAAGGAUAUAAAAUGUGUCUCUAUUUUAAGAUUUAGUAUCUUGCCUUGUCAAUGUAUAGAGUUUUGAAAUUUUAUUUGUUAUUUGUUUUUGUCUAUUUUAUGUGCAAGCUCAAUGUUGUUGAUGAUUUUGUAAACAGGACUACUAUGCUCAAUUGUUUGUCUUAUAAAACUCUUUUACAAACUUGUACUUUGUUGAACAGUAAAUGAAAUACAUCAUUAUAAUGUAAUUAUUCAGUCUCACAACUGGUGACAAUUGACAUUAUAGACCAAAGUGACCAUUUGUCGAAGACCAUUUAUCUAGUUGGCAUAAAAUUGAGCACACAGCUUUUAAAAGUAAAGUCCUUUAUAAACUUUGUCUAUUCUCUCGUUGCUUUUUAUAAUGUAUGGGGGCAGAUUGGUGCAAAUUAUGUUUUAUAUGUUUACAUGUAUUGUUGUUAAAAAAUGUAAAUAUAACAUGGAGAAAGUUUUUGGGCUCAAAAUGAUUUCCCUGUUUACUAAACCUCCUUAGCUCUGAAUAAUUGAAACUUUGGUUGUGUUUAUCUCUGAACUGCUGCUUUUAUUUUGUUGCUCUUUUUAUACCAUCUUUUUUUGUUGUUGAGAACCUUGCAAUUUAUAGCAGAUCUUGAAUUUCUUCAAUAAGGAUGAUAUAUGUAAGCAAUGAUCUACUGCAAUCCCAAAAUGCAAUUUCAAAAAUGGGAAAUAUUAUAUCAUUCAAAUAUCACUGAACAAGUGAUUUUGUUCCUUUUAUUCAAUGGACAUUUCAUAUUAGCAUGUAAAUUACAGAGAAGGGAUCAAACCCCUAUCCUGAACUAUAUUUUUAUCAUAAUUAAGUGGAUAUAUGCAAAUAGGAAACAACAGGGAAACUUUAUUUAUAACAGUAAAUAUUCAAGAUUUCAUGUAUACUGUUUAUUUUGUUAAUGUCAGUUAAAUAUUAAAACAUAUAUAUCUUUAA